AUGAAGGCAGCAUUCAGAUUGCUUCUCCUCCUCAUCCUUGUGUUGAUCUCUGAAGUGAACGGGCAGAGGCAGAAGCCUGCGCGGAAGCCUGCGCGGAAGCCCGCCCGCCCGACUCCCGAGCCAGUCGAGCCAACAGAGCUGCCUCCGCCCCUGCCGCCGGGCCCCCCCUCCGUCUUCCCGGAUUGUCCCAGAGAAUGCUUUUGUCCUCCAGACUUCCCCUCAGCCCUCUACUGUGACAGCCGCAACCUGAGGAAGGUGCCCCUCAUCCCUCCCAGGAUCCACUAUCUCUAUCUCCAGAACAACUUCAUUGACAACCUCCCGGAGGAGUCCUUCAAGAAUGCCACGGAGCUGAGGUGGGUCAACCUGGACAAUAACCGCAUCAAGAAGUUGGACCGGCGGGUGAUGGAGCAGAUGGACAGCCUAGUCUUUCUGUACCUGGAGAAGAACCAGCUGAAGGAGGUGCCAGCCUUCCUGCCAGCCAACCUGGAGCAGCUGCGUCUGAGCAGGAAUCAGAUCUCCAAGAUCCCCUCUGGGGUUUUCAACAAGCUGGAGCACCUGGUCCUCCUGGACCUGCACCACAACAAGCUGAGUGAUGGAGUCUUCAACAAAAACACCUUCAGGGGGCUCAAGAACCUCAUGCAGCUCAACCUAGCCCACAACAUCCUGCGGAAGUUGCCCCCUGGGCUGCCCAGUGCUGUCCACCAGCUCUUCCUAGACAGGAACAACAUUGAGGACAUCCCCGAUGACUACUUCAAAGAAUUCCCCAAUCUGGCCUUCCUCAGGCUCAACUACAAUCAGAUUUCUGACAAAGGGCUGCCCAAGAACUCCUUCAACCUCAGCAACCUGCUGGUGCUGCAACUGGCGCAUAAUAAGCUCACCACCAUGCCCUUCAUCAACCCCAAACUGGAGCACCUCUACCUAAACGACAAUUCCAUUGAAAAAAUCAACGGGACUCAGAUUUGCCCCACCGCCCUGGUCACCUUCCAAGACUUCUCCUCAGAUCUAGAAAACGUGCCCCGGCUCCGCUAUCUGCGCCUGGACGGCAACCAACUGAAACCUCCCAUCCCCUUGGACCUCAUGAUGUGCUUCCGGCUCCUACAGUCAGUCGUGUUUUAA